UCCCAUCCCAUCCUAGCUAGCUUCUUAUAAUAUGAGCGACGAUCAGCUAUCAUCUUCGUCAAACUCCAUGGAUUCUAACAAAAAGGAGGAAGAAGAAGCCUACAAAUUCCUGAAGAUUGUUCCCAACGCUGAUGGAUCCCUCACCAGGCUAGACGGCGUUCCCAUCUCACCCUCCAACCCGUCGGAUCCCCACUUUCCCCUCUCCAAAGACAUCCCUCUCAACCCCUCCUCCGCCACCUUCAUCCGCCUCUUCCGCCCCCCGCCGCCUCCCUCCGAUUCAAAUUCCUCAUCUCCGGCGACGUCCAAGCUCCCUCUGAUCAUCUACUUCCACGGAGGCGGCUUCGUACUUCUCAGCGCCGCGUCCAUCGUUUUCCACGACUCCUGCAACAAAAUGGCGGCUCUGCUCCCCGCCGUCGUCGCAUCCGUCGAGUACCGUCUCGCCCCGGAGCACCGUCUACCCGCCGCGUACGAGGACGCCGCGGAUGCUCUCGUGUGGGCACGGGAUCAGGCGGUGGCCGCCGCGAGCGGCGGGGACUGUGAUCCGUGGAUGGCUGAGCUGGUGGACUUCUCUAGAAUUUUCUUGAUGGGGAGCAGCGCGGGGGGAAACAUCGUCUACCACGCGGCAUUGCGUGCGCUCGAGACCGAUCUCUCUCCCGUGAAGAUCGAAGGGCUGAUAAUGAACGAGCCGUACUUUGGUGGGGUCCAGAGAUCCGAAUCGGAGAGGAGACUGGUCAACGAUAAGGUGAUUCCGUUGCAUGCCAACGACCUGCUGUGGGCCCUGGCGUUGCCGAAGGGGGCGGACCGGGACUACGAGUAUUCUAACCCGUUCAUUGUUGGGUCCCAGCUGGGGGAGAAGAUCGGACGGCUGCCGAGGAGUUUGGUGAGAGGAUACGCGGGGGACCCACUGGUGGAUAGGCAGAAGGAGAUGGCGGAGUGGUUGAAGGUGCACGGGGUUAGCGUGGUGCCGCAAUUUCUGGAGGCGGGGCAUCAUGCGGUGGAGCUGUUUGAUCCAAAGUGCGCCGAUGAUUUGUAUGUUUCCAUCAAGAAUUUCAUUUACUCCGUAUGAUCGAGUUUUUGGUUAUAUUGACAUGUAUUGUACACUUUUGUUCUAAAAGCUUCUAUUUUCAUCUGCCAAAAGCUUUUCUCUUAAUAAUGCCUGAAUAAAUGUUGAAAGUUGUGGAAAUAGUGCUUGCCAAUUGGAAAAAUAAUGAGAGUAUCAAUUGAUUUUUUUUUUGAAAUACUACCGUCUACGUACAAUUGGAUAUUUUUCUUCUGUCUAGAAACACUACACUAAUUAUGGUCAUGUCUAAUGGGCGCUUGUUAUUGGUCUAGGUACCUAAGUGAGAAAGUACGUAGUAGUAUUCUUACUUCAUGAACACAGAAUACUUUUAUUUCUAUUUAGGCUAAAUUAUUUAUGAUCAUAUUAAUUAUUAAAGAUACAAAGUAUCACACCUUAUUUACAUGGAUGUACUAGAAUAUUACUGAGGAUGACCCAUGGGGCUAGUACAUUGAGUUCUUCAUAGUGUUUUCAGAACAUUUUUUAUAGCACUCAAAUUAUUAAUUGAUUAAAUUUGAUUAAUUUCUGACUAAAACGGCGGAAUUUUGGUUGAAGUGGCUGAACCCUGUGAAUUGUGAAAAAUUAUAUGUAGUAUAUAAAUGUUACUUCUUUAUUUUAUUAAUAAAAUAAAGAAACUAUAUAUGAAAAACAAAUAACAUCACUCUGAUCUUUAUAAUAACUUCAAUCAAUUUAGUUCGAAAAAUAACUUCGACGUUACUAUUUUUUAUGCUCGUUCUCCAAUUGGCUGAGUGGCUAACGUAGGAUACAGUCAGAGGAACAUUAAAAAGAAUUGGUUUAUCCAACAACAAAAAAACUCUAGCUAAUUUGUGAGCACUACAUUUGCUAAGUACAUACAAAUUUGAAGAUUUUGAAUCUUGUUUGUGAGCUACUACAUUUGCCAAGUACAUACAAAUUUGAAGAUUUUGAAUCUAUACAAAUUUGAAGAUUUUGAAUCUAAUUUGUGAGCUACUACAUUUGCUAAGUACAUACAAAUUUGAAGAUUUUGAAUCUAGUUUCUAACGCCGUAAGUCCCGUAACCAUUGGCUUCUUCGAUCUCUUUGAAAUCCAGAUUCAUCAGAUUGAGUUAAGGAGGCAUUAGUUUCUAACGCCGCUCCUUGUAGAUGCUUGGAGGCUUGGAGACAAACUCCACUACUCGAGUCACUGAAUAAUUGAGUUAACCACUUAACCUGCCAAUUUUCUUCAUUUUGCUUCUAUUAAUUAUUAGGCUGUCCGUGUUUCCUUAUUUCUUAAAAUGUUUGCCCCUAUUUUAGUAUUUCAUUCCUAGGAUAGAGUACGAAUAGUAGAACACCAUAGGCUGUUGGGAAAAAAUCUUACACACCCUGGAGCUUCUUCGUGCCUUCUGCAUGUUUUCCGCUUCAGCUUCUUAUUUGUCAUCUUUUGUUUGUUUUUCAUUUUAAUUUAUUAUUAAUACUCCAUAUUACUCUUUCC